AUGGGGAAGGUGAAAAAGAGCAGUUGACUGGUUCCUCACGAACUUACUCCUCAGCAAUCAGCUAAGAUGGUGUGGGUGGGAGUUAAUCCAGAAAUUUAAGUUUGCUCCUCUGGCAUAAAUCCUGCGCCAGAUCGUAGCGUCUGUACUUCACAGGAUCUUGUAGUGACUCACUUCACCCCACUUCAAGCUCAAAUCGUUCUUAUAUUAGCGUUUCAGCUCAUUUGUACUUCGGCAGUUCCUCCUCCACCACUUAUAAAAAUUAUAGAAUAAUUAAUAUCAGUGGAUUAUUAAUUAAUUUGUAAGUGGAAGAAUCAUCAUUAAUAAUGUCUACAAACUAUAAGAAUCUAAGAUUAAAAGAUAUUUUUUAAAUAGACUUUAUGGUGAAAUUAACAGAACUUUCAAAUAAAAGAUUUUUUAAAAUUUUUACUUGAAAUGUUCCGAGGGAAAAAGUUUUAGUCCAAAAUAAUAGAAAAAAAAUUUAAAUAAAGAUUCCAGUCAUACUGAAACUGUUAAAAAAUACAAGUUAAAAUUUAAUUUCCAGCCUCUGUUUUGUGCAAUCGAACUAGACAGAAGGAAAUACCUGUUAUACACCUGAAUAAUUUGGAGAAGGUAGAUAUCACUGAACCAGAUCCAAAACCUGAAAAGUUAUUCCUUAAACCUUGCGGAGGGCCCUUCGGCCAAAUCCUCAGUGAUAUCAGAAAAUCCAUAAAAGAAAGUAGAAAAAAACAUUCUAAACUAUAUUCUAAUUUCAUUAUAUUAUUUGCUUUAAUACUGAUUGGUGUAUACAUUGGUUUUAUGAUAUUCCGUUUUAUAAAGACAGGAAGUGAUAUAAACUGGUGUUAUGGCUACGGUAGAGCGUUUAUCUAUAUCGCUGCUAUUUCAUGGUGUCUCUUUUAUUAUAUGGGCUUAAAGCCAUUUUUUUAUCCCAUCUUUAAAAAGUAUACGAAGAAUGUAUUUCGUGGGAAAAAUAUAAUGGCUAUGAAAUAUACAAUUUAUUUGACACUUUUAAUUGCAUUUAUCAUAUUUAUUAUUUAUGAUACAACUAAUAAUAGAAGAAGGCUCAUUUCUUUAUUAGGAGUUAUCUUUUUCUUAUUCAUUUCUUUCAUAUUUUCUAACCAUCCUGAAUAUAUCAGAUGGGACACAGUUUUGUCCGGUGUUACAUUACAGAUUUUAUUUGGUCUCUGUAUGAUACGUUGGGAAACUGGAAGAAACAUAUUGAAGUGUUUUGGGGAUAAUGUAGUAAACUUCUUGAAUUUUGGUUUAGAUGGGGCUACUUUUGUGUAUGGAGAGACAUUAAUAGUCAAGGAAAUGGUCUUCGCUUUUCAGGCAUUAUCAACUCUAUACUUCUUGGCUAUGUUUGCUAGAAUAUUAUUCUACCUUGGCUGGUUGCAAAUAUUUUGCUUCAAGAUUGGUAGUUUUAUUGAAAUGUGUUUAGGAACCACAGUCAUCGAAAGUAUUAAUGCUGUAACAAUAAUAUUUUUGGGAAUGUCAGAAGCUCCUCUUUUGUAUUCUGUUUAUUUGAUUGAUCUGUCCUCAUCUGAAAUGCACGCAAUAAUGACUUCAGGGUUUUCCACUGUUGCAGGUACAUUACUUGCUGCUUAUACAAGCUUGGGUGUUGAUCCAAGAUAUGUCGUAACAGCUUCGAUAAUGGCAGCCCCUGCUUCUCUUUGUUUCGCAAAGCUUCUCUACCCUGAAACUAUUCAGUCAACGACUACUUCUAAAGAAAUAACACUUCUAAAGAGUAAAGAUACAAGCCUUCUACAAGCUGCUAGCAAUGGGGCUUCAUCGGCCAUCGCCAUGGUCCAGGGUAUAAUUGCGAGUGUAAUUGCCUGCGUUGCACUUAUCUCAUUUCUUAAUGCAGUUUGUUCAUAUCUAGGAGCAUUAGUCGGAUACGACGGUAUAACUUUAGAGUACUUGGUCGGAAUGCUAUUUGUUCCAGUUGCCUGGCUGAUGGGAGUCGACCCCGAGGAAUGUCAAACCGUCGGUAGCCUUAUCGGUAUCAAAACUAUGGCCAAUGAAUUCAUAGCAUAUAAGCAACUUGGCCAACUCAAAGCAGCAGGAAAGCUAUCAGAAAGAUCGGAAGCUAUAGCAACAUUAGCUCUUUGCGCCUUCUCGAAUCCUAGUGCCUUGGGUGGUAGUAUUGCUACCUUAACAACGCUGGAAAAAAGACAAAGUGAAAAAAUUCACAAAGUUGCGUUAAGAGCUUUUGUUUCGGGUUGCAUAACAACGUUUACUUCAGCAAGUAUAGCAGGUACUUAG